AUGGAAGAAAUGCAUCCCUUCCAUACAACAACAACAACAACCACUACGAAUCCAUCACCACUAAUAACAACACAACACUUUGACGAGACGUUGACUACAACAUCAUCCGCAACAAGAACGACAUUCUCCCAUCCUCUUCAACGUGUUACUGUCAUACAACAUCAUCAACAAGGCUUGUUGCAUGCUGCUCCGUCAUCAUCACUUCCCGAAGAACAAGUCAUACAACAACAAGUAUUAAAUCAUCCAAUGACAGUCCUCACGACGAGUAGUCGAGACACCACACCUUCUGAGAUGCAUGGUCGGAAUUGUAUGACAACAACAAGUGCUACUACAACCAUGAUGUUACUCGAUGAUGAUGAUGACAAAGACAAUUGUCUCACCUCUUUACAACAAGAUCAUUUGCCAACACAUCCUUGUCACAACUAUCAACAACAACUUUAUACAUCAUACGAACAAGACCAUGACGACGACAACCAAAACAACAUUGACUUGUUGGAUCAACACUAUUCUCCAUCCUCUUCAUCGACGACGAGUUCGACCAUGACGACCUAUUCCUCAACGCGACAACAUUUCAUGCAACUGUCAUGCUGUUCUUCUUCAUUGCAACCCAAUACAACCACCACCACGUUGACCUCGAACGGAGCGCGUUGUGGAAAUACCAUGAUGUAUCCUCCUCAUCAUACAACGACUCAUCAACCCUCGUCGUCAAGUGUUGUUGUUGAUACAGAGGAGGACCAAGAGGACCAUUUGUUGUUGAAUACAACAAUGAGUAGUACUACUACUACUGGAACCAUGUGUUCGAAUACAACUACUACUACUACUGCCAUGAGUACUACUAGUAAUAAUAAUGCAUGGACAAGUAUUAAUACUUUUCAGCAACAACAAUUGUCUUUACCUCAAUCCUAUCAACCACCACCACAAUCAGCAGUAGCAGUACCACCUCCCUAUUUCUAUCCAUCAUCAUCAUCUUCAUCACACCAUCAACAAGAAUCUUUAUUCCACCACCACCAAGAAUCUUCUCCUCACUCCACAACAGAAACGAGUAGUAGUCUACGUCGACCACCACUACCACCACCACCCCCUCAACAAAAUAUCAUGCAACUACAACCUUCCAGAAUUACAACCCAUGUCACACCUCUUGACCAAGAUUUGAUUGUACCAUCCAUAUCCUCAGAACAAACAGAGGAGGAACUCAUGAUGUCCACAGAAGAAAAUGAUGAGCAUUCUUUCCACUCUUCAAAUGCUCAAAUACAACCAAGAGCAUCCUCUUCUCAUCGUGAAGAAGAAGAAUCGAAUUCCAAUUCAAAUGAUCAAAUGAUUCAUGUUUCGUCGUCUUCGUCUAGUAAUAGUAACAGUAGUAAUAGUAACAGUGUGACAGUCACUCGAUUCGUUGUAAUAACCACAGCAGCAGGACGAUAUGAAGGAGAAAUGAAUCAAAAAGGUGAAAAACAUGGUAAAGGAAUCAUGUAUUUACCUGGAGGAGGUUAUUAUAGAGGAUCAUGGUUCGAAGAUAAAAUGGAAGGUAAAGGCGAGUAUUCAUGGGGUGAUGGUAAUCACUAUGUGGGCAUGUUCAAAAAUGGUAAACAAAAUGGAGUGGGUGUGUAUGAAUGGCCCACAGGUGGUAAAUACAUUGGUCAUUGGCGUGAUGAUAAAAUGCAUGGAUUUGGAACGUAUAAGAGAGAUGAUGGUGUGGUGUAUUUUGGAAUGUGGGAAGAUGAUCAUCAAAGUGGAAUGGGUCUCAAAGUUGUACCUGCACGAUUUUGUUAUGGUGAAAAUAAGAAGAGUCAUACCAAACGUAAAUUUAGAGAAAUUUGGAAAGAUAAGGUGUUGAUUUAUCAGAAAGAAAUUAUUGAAAUGCCACAAUUGUUAAAUGUACAACAGAGAUCAUGUUUGAUUGAUAUUCAUAUUGUAUGUCAGAGAAGUGGAUUGUGUGACGAUGAAGAGUCAUCAUCAUUGGAAUCGAUUCAUCAUUCUCUGCUGAGAUCCUAUUCAUCCUACACGAAUCGUUCAAUAUUUCAAGAGAAUGUAUUAUUCACGAAUGGAAUGAACGUGAGAUCAUCAUUCCCGACAUCAACAACAUUUAGUAAUGUGCCACAAGGAAUGUACACGAUUCAACCUGUGCCUCAACGUUUGAAUGCAAUGAGUCUCGGUGGUGGUAGUACGACCACGACGACGACAACAACGAGUGGAGUGUUGAAUUUCUCUUCAUCACUUUCACAACAACAACCAACCCUCAAUUUCUCUGGAAGAAAACAUCUCUUGGAAGAAGUAUCUCCUAUGGAUACUCGUAAUGAUGAUGAUGACGACGACGAUGAUGAACAGCACGAAUGA